UAUUUGUUGCUGCUGUUUCCCUGUCGCGGACGGUGUUUUGCUUCUUUCUAGUCUCAACCACCUUUCAAUCUUUCUUCCAUUUCAAUAAUAAAACACCUUACCGACAUUUUCCAUUCCGGAAGUUACAAAUCUUUCCAUUUCCAUCCUCGUUGCUAAGAUCCUUCAACGAAAUCCAAAGGUAAUUUCUCUCUGCCUCUGCAACUUCCAACAUACUCACUCGCUUUUGGAUUUGCUUUAUCUUUCGAUUCAAUUCAAAGAAAGGAGCAAUCCGUUCAUUUCUGCAUGUGGGUUCCAUUUUUUUCGACUUAUGAAGCAACCCCAUUUGCCAUUUUGCCCCAUUGCCUUCAAUGCAUAAUCCAACAAAUUGGUUUCUGAGAAAAAUCAUUACAGAGUGGCAAGGGAUCGGUGAUUUUAGGAUUUGAUCGAGCUAGUUUUGAAGCUUUCCUUGAAAAGAUUUGUUGACUCUUUAACUUUUUGUUGUCUGUUUGCUAGCUUUCUGAUGCCCUUGUAAACAUUAGGUGAAAUGAUGAUUGAGACGAUUAGUAAUUUGAGUAAAAGCACAUCGUUCAAUAAAAGUAUUUCAUUUAAUAGGAGGGCUUUAAGUUCUGGAAGCCCGAGGGUGAGUCGGGUGGGCUGGAUCUCCCGUUGGUAUCAUGUGUUUGUGGUCAUUGGAUUUCUGGUUUCAUCUCUUGUAGUGAUUACUGCUGGUUAUAUUCAUGUACUGCCUAGUUUUCCUCUGUCUUCUCAUAAUAAUGGUGUUUCGAAAUCAAGUUAUUUGAAUGAAACCUCGACUGGAAGCUGCAACGUAUAUGAAGGAAGCUGGAUUUUGGAUGAUAGUUAUCCACUUUACAAUGCUACAGAAUGCCCUUUUGCUGAGAAGGGAUUUGAUUGCUUGGGUAAUGGUAGGGUAGAUCAGAACUAUCUGAAGUGGAGGUGGAAACCGAUGAAUUGCGAAAUACCGAAACUUAAUGUGCAGAAUGUGUUGGAAAUGCUGCGGAGUAAAAGAAUCGUUUUUGUUGGAGAUUCGAUGAGCAGGACACAGUGGGAAUCCCUGAUAUGCUUACUUAUGAGUGGGGUUGAGGAUAAAAGGACUGUUUAUGAGAUGAAUGGGAAUAAGAUCACAAAGCGGAUUAAAUACUUAGGUGUUCGAUUUAGUUCCUUCAACUUCACUGUUGAGUUCUAUCGCUCGGUUUUCCUUGUGCAAGAAGGCCAGAUGCCAAGACAUUCACCUAAGAGAGUAAAGUCUGCCCUUAAACUGGAUAAGCUGGAUAGUAUUAGCAGCCAGUGGAUUGAUUCAGAUGUUCUAGUAUUCAACACUGGACACUGGUGGGUCCCUGGGAAGUUGUUUGAAAUUGGUUGCUAUUUUCAGGUUCGAAAUUCGCUAAAGCUUGGAAUGACAAUUCCCACAGCUUUUGGAGUAGCACUUCAAACAUGGGCAUCUUGGAUUGAGGAAAAUAUCAACACAAACAGAACCCAUGUUUUCUUUCGUACUUUCGAGCCGUCACAUUGGAAGGACCACACCUUCAAAUAUUGCAGUGUUACCCGUCAACCUGUGACCAAUCCCGGAGAAAGGGUUAGAAGCAUAUUUUCGGACACCAUAUUAGAGGUGGCAAAGAAUAUGAAAGCUCCCAUUAACGUUUUGCACAUAACAUCCAUGUCUGCUUUUCGAAGUGAUGCACAUGUUGGUAAUUGGAGCGACAACCCAUCCGUCCCGGACUGCAGUCAUUGGUGCCUACCCGGAGUGCCUGAUGUGUGGAAUGAAAUUUUGCUCUCUUAUCUGCUUACUGAAUAUGAUAGUUCAUCCAAAUGAUCAAUACACAUUCUAAGUAAGUAUUUGCCUCUCAACCUCCAAAAUGAACUCAGAAGAACCUUCACUUUUGGUUGUGAAGGUUCAUCCUACUGUGCUGAAUUACUUUGUCUCCUCUUAAACUUAUGCAGAAUGGUCUAACACAAAUUUGCUAACAUUGAAGAGAAAUAUAUGCCGAGUAUGGAGAGAUAUGUAUUUGCCAAUGUCGUACUCAAUACUUUGGCGACAUAGAACGGUAAUAUCGGUCAAGAUCAAUAAUCUCGGGUCUCGAGUGUUGCAUAUCCUCUACUCGGGUCAUGUUAUUUCUCACAUUCUUUAAAGAAAAAGGAAGUGCAUAUAUCGACUUACACGAAUAAAACUGUUUUAGCUUAAGUUCUUUCUUUUAUUCUUUCUUUCUUGCCCUUCAUUUUUCAUCCAUUCCUUAGGAGAGGCCAGAUUAUGGCCAUGAGAUGUAUCUGUAUCUUUUUUCCUUGUACUAAUCAUGAUAUUUUUAAAGAACAAACACAGUGGGGGUGAAAUGUUAUGAAAUAGCAAAAGGUAAUUCUAUUUUAUCAUCUUCUCUA